AUGGUUGAGGGUAGCCAAAUUUUCAGUGCUCAUGUUAUUGCUAGUUUCUUUCUACUGAUUCUCUGUGACAUAGUUUGUGGGACUGAUAAUGAUAUAUCUUGCUUGAAAAGUGUAAAGAGUGAACUUCAGGACCCCUACAACUAUUUGCAUUCCUGGGAUUUCGACAACAGAACAGAAGGGUAUAUAUGCAAGUUCACUGGGGUUGAGUGUUGGCACCCUGAUGAAAACAGGGUCUUGAAUCUCAAGCUGUCCAACAUGGGACUCAAGGGUGAGUUUCCUCGCGGCAUUAAAAAUUGCUCAAGCAUGACAGGAUUAGAUUUUUCAUUUAACAGUCUCUCUCAAGCCAUUCCAGCCGAUAUAUCCACACUUCUUACGUUUGUGACAUCUCUUGAUCUAUCUUCAAAUGAUUUUACUGGGGAGAUACCUGCUUCCCUCGCAAACUGUAGCUAUCUUAAUAAUCUUAGACUUGACCAAAACCAACUCACUGGUCAAAUUCCUGCAAACUUGAGCCAGCUCCCGCGGCUUAAGUUGUUUAGUGUUACCAAUAAUCUUUUGACAGGGCCGGUUCCACCCUUUAAAAAGGGUCUGGUUCCUGCAGAAAAUUAUGCAAAUAAUUCAGGCCUGUGUGGUUUUCCCUUGCCUGUUUGCCAGGCCAAGUCUGCAAAGAGCAACACUGCUGUUAUAGCUGCAGCAGCUGUUGGUGGUGUGACUGCUGCAGCAUUAGGUUUGGGCAUUGGAAUGUUCUUCUACGUGCGCCGUAUUUCUUACAGGAAGAAGGAAGAGGACCCUGAAGGAAACAAGUGGGCAAGAAGUCUAAAGGGAACUAAAACAACAAAGGUUUCUAUGUUUGAGAAGGCAAUUUCAAAAAUGAACUUGAGUGAUCUCAUGAAGGCAACUAAUAACUUCAGUAAAAACAAUAUUAUCGGGUCUGGAAGAUCAGGAACUGUUUACAAAGCUGUCCUUCCUGACGGCACAUCACUCAUGGUUAAGAGGCUGCAGGAAUCUCAACACUCAGAGAAAGAUUUUAUGUCUGAGAUGGCUAUACUAGGGAAUGUCAAACAUCGUAACCUGGUUCCUCUUUUAGGUUUUUGCCUUGCUAAAAGGGAGAGGCUUUUGGUCUAUAAAAAUAUGCCAAAUGGAACCCUCCAUGAUCAACUGCAUCCUGAUGCGGGUGUGUGCACCAUGGAUUGGCCUCUAAGGCUCAAAAUUGCAAUUGGGGCAGCCAAAGGGUUAGCAUGGCUUCACCAUAGCUGCAAUCCCCGUAUUAUCCACCGAAACAUAAGCUCUAAGUGCAUCUUGUUGGACAUUGAUUUUGAGCCCAAAAUUUCUGAUUUUGGCCUUGCUAGAUUGAUGAACCCAAUUGAUACCCAUUUGAGUACUUUUGUGAAUGGAGAGUUUGGGGAUUUAGGUUAUGUUGCUCCUGAAUAUACAAAAACUUUGGUGGCUACUCUUAAAGGGGAUGUUUAUAGCUUCGGGACCGUGCUUCUUGAGUUGGUGACAGGUGAAAGACCUACUCAUGUGGCCGAAGCUCCAGAAACUUUUAAGGGAAAUUUGGUAGAAUGGAUUUCACAGCAAUCUAGCAAUGCCAAACUCCAUGAUGUCAUUGAUGAGUCAUUAGUUGGGAAUGGAGUAGACCAGGAGCUUUUCCAAUUUCUGAAGGUUGCAUGCAACUGCGUCACAGAAAUGCCUAAGGAGAGGCCUACCAUGUUUGAAGUAUACCAGCUUCUAAGAGCCAUUGGCAUGAGUUAUAAUUUCACAACUGAGGAUGAGAUAAUGCUUCCUGUAGACAUUGGUGAUGAUGAUAACAUAGUAGAACUUAUUGUAGCUCGAGAUGGGCAUGAUUGA